AUGCUAACAACAGCUCAACAACCACUCCACCAGAGAAGUCAUGGAGAUAUUAAUGGUGUUGAUCAACAACAACACAUCCCACAACAAGAACAACAGCAAUUUGUCCCACGGCAACCAGUCUUUCAAGGACAAUUGCCAAUAUAUGAAAAUAAUCAGAAUCAAUUACCUCGGCGUGGGGUUGAACGAAGGCAAUAUCUGCCUCAGCAACCAAUGCUAGGUGAUUUUAUUCCUGGUCAUAACUAUUUACCUCAAAGAGGAGCUGAUCAAAGACCAUACCAGUCUAGACAGCCAACCUCAGGGGGUUUUACAAAUAAGCAGAGACCAAUGGUACAAGAAAAUGGGCAGAAUAGUCGACCUUAUCGACCGUUCGUGCCAAGAAAUAACGGUCAAACAUAUGAAAGAAAUUCUAAUGAGAGACCGUGGCGGCGACAGCAGCAGUCCUUCGUCAGUUUUAAUGAUCCAUAUUUCAAUGGAUCUGUCAACCGACAAGGCGGUGCUGUUCUAACACCACAUCAACGACAGCGACGCACUCGUUUAAAUCGAGCGAGGCGCGAUCGCGAAGAGCGAGCAGCUAACCAAUUAAGUAAUCAAGUCGAUGCUCUACCAGUCGACAACCGUUUCGCCUGUUUUCUCGACCAAGACGAGAAUGACGAAAUACCGCUUGACGAAUGCACAGCGGCUACAACAUCGACUGCAAAAAGUAAUAAAAAGGCAGUACCGAAAAAACAAAAAAAUAAAAAGGCAGAAGCACAAGCAAAGAAACCAGUCUCAUUAGUUUCAAACGAUGACACCAGUGCUCUAGAUUCCGAGCAAAAACCUAAAGAAUAUAGAGAUCGGCCUUAUCCGAGGGCAGAUCAUAUUCGAUGGUAUUUGUAA